GCAACGUGCCUCUGAUCAUGUACAGCUUUCUAUAAAACACACCCCGAUAGAAAGGCGGACUUAAUUUUGAAGAUACAGAGGGUGAUGUAGACACGACUUGUUUUUUUUUCUACUGGAUACUUGAAGGCUUACCCAACAUAACGAUUUCAGACAGUGCUGAGAAGUGCCUAAGCUGCCUGAGUGAGCUCCACUACCAGACUCCAUUAGAGGUGUUUCUGCUGACUGCUUGCACAGGGGCCUCUUCAUAAGGAAUUAGACUCUUGAGUUUGACGAGCUUCAGUAUCCUUUCUGUGAACAUCAAACAGCAGAGAUCAGGAUGCAGCAUCUGGAUGAUGACAAGCCCAAGAAGAAGGUGACACCUUACCUGCUCUACUGUGUGUCCACGGCAGUCAUCGGCUCUCUACAGUUUGGCUACAACACCGGUGUCAUCAAUGCACCCGAGCAGAAACUGCGCACGUUUUUCACUAAUGUGUCCCAGGACCGAUACGGGGAGCCCUUUAGCUCGGGGACAGUUACCCUGGUGUGGAGUUUUGCCGUGGCCAUCUUCAGUGUGGGAGGCAUGAUCGGGUCCUUCUCUGUUGGAGCAAUGGUCAACAAAUUUGGCAGGCGGAAGUCCAUGCUGAUAAACAACGUCCUGGCUCUUCUGGGCGGUGGUCUGAUGGGACUGUCGACCCUGAGUCAGUCUUAUGAGAUGGUCAUCAUCGGCCGGUUGAUCAUCGGUGUGUUCUGCGGUCUGUGCACAGGACUGACACCCAUGUAUGUGGGCGAGAUCAGUCCCACUGCGGUCCGAGGAGCCUUCGGUACACUGCACCAGCUGGGUGUAGUUAUUGGCAUCCUGGUGGCACAGAUCUUUGGUCUGGAGUUUCUCCUGGGUUCAGACGCUCUGUGGCCUCUGCUGCUCGCUCUGACCAUCAUCCCUGCCGUACUGCAGACAAUCAUGCUGCCCUUCUGCACUGAAAGCCCUCGCUACCUGCUCAUUGUUCUCAACCAGGAGGAAGAGGCAAGAAAAGCUCUGGUGCGUCUGCGUGGCACUGAAGACGUGGAGGAUGACAUUCAAGAGAUGAAGGAAGAAGGGAUGAAGAUGUCCAUGGAAAAGAAAGUGACCAUCUUAGAACUGUUCCGCUCUCCAAACUAUCGACAGCCAAUCAUUAUCGCUAUUAUCCUCCAGCUCUCACAGCAGCUGUCUGGCAUCAACGCUGUCUUUUACUACUCUACGGGCAUCUUUAGUAACGCUGGUGUAACUCAGCCCAUCUACGCCACCAUAGGAGCCGGAGCUGUCAACACAGUGUUUACUGUUGUCUCUCUCUUCCUGGUUGAACGGGCGGGACGCAGGACACUGCACCUUAUUGGACUGGGUGGAAUGGCCAUCUGCGCCCUCAUCAUGACCAUCUCUCUGUCGUUAGUGAAGACCACCCCAUCUCUGAGUUAUCUGGCAAUAGUGGCUGUGUUCGGCUUUGUUGCCAGUUUUGAGAUGGGUCCAGGUCCCAUCCCCUGGUUCAUCGUGGCUGAGCUCUUCUCCCAGGGGCCUCGACCUGCUGCCAUGGCCGUUGCUGGUUGCUCGAACUGGACUGCGAACUUCUUGGUGGGGCUGGGCUUCCCUAAACUGGAGGAAAUCUGUGGUCCUUAUGUCUUUCUCAUCUUCAUGGUCCUCCUCAUCCUGUUCUUCAUCUUCACCUACCUGCGAGUUCCUGAGACAAAAGGAAGGACCUUUGAUGACAUUGCACAAGGAUUCGCUGCCAGUACAGGGAAACCCCCCCAUUCCUCGGUGCCCGAGGCAAUUGUCGUUGAAAACAAAGAACCUCCACCUAUGUCCCCCACAGAAAAGUUUCCCAUGGUCAGUCUGCCUUCAGAAACAAAAUGAAUACCUGUAGAAGAUACGAAGGAAGACUUUGGGUGCAGCAACGCAGGCAAACAUGUUUCUUGCACAUAGCUACUGUAAGAGUUCUAUUAUUAUAUAUUAUAUUUAUAUAUUAAGAGUUAUAUUCCAUACCUCAGAAACAAUGAAAGGGGUGUGUUUUAAAGAAGCCAUUUCAGUGUACUAAAUGCAAAAUAAUUUUAGUAUUUUAAAUGUAUGCUUUUAAAGUGCCUUUUUAAAAAUGAAAUAGUGUUUUUAAAGACACCCCCCCAAGUUAGAAAUGCUUUAUUAAUUACAGAAUUUCCUUUAAUUUAAUUCCCUUUAAAGAGGGGGCACACUUAACUGAAUUACCAGUACUUAAGGUUUGUUGACAUUUCCGGUGCCAGCCCCCGUCCUUUUUUACCUCAUAAGAGGAUCAGCAUAUGCUCUGUGUGAGGUCUUCAGCUACUCUCAGUGUUAAAAGGUUGCAGGAUUUAGGGGUUUAUGUAUUGAGGUCAAGCUUGAAAAGCUGGUUUUUGGAACUCAGCUGUUUGACCCAAAAAAAAAAAAGACAAGAUUGACUUGAUGUCCUGUCUGAAAUGCCUUGUUGUCAGGGGGAGGGACUCGUGAUGUCUUGACUAGGCAGAAAAAAAAAACAACACUGAGGAGGGUUUAGCAGCAGUCCCUCUCCCCUUCAGGUCCAUAUAGAUAUGAAAUAAAUAUAUUUAUGCAUGUAGAAGGCAAAGACUUCUUCUCAUCCAGCAGCAGCACCAUAUCCCCUGACAACAGAUGAUGUCUUUGCUUGUGUGUUGUUUGGAUGCAGCAGCGUUUGAGAAACAAGUAAAACAAGGAGAGUUCUGUAAGCUAGAGCCAUCUGCAUCAAAUGUAAUAUUUGUAUAAGGAUGAGAGCAAUGUAGUCUAGCACUGCCAAGCCUGAACAAAAGCCUCUUUAAGGCUUUCUCAAAAACAAAAGCUUACCUCUUUAGGUUGCAGAUUUCACUGCAGGGUACAACCAGAAUGACAAAAAAAACAAAACAAAAAAAAAAGUCGUCAUAAUGCUGGAAUUUACAGCAUGGAUUGGAUUUCUGAAACUCAGGUGGCUAAACGUGUAAGUUUAUACAGCUCCUAACUGUUAUAGCACAGAAAAUAUAUUGAUCCAUCACUGUACUUGAAAUUCUUUCAACAUCUAUAGUAUAUUUGCGAGACGCAGCUAUUACAACGUAGGUUAUAAAAUAAAAUACAGUUACAUUUUCUGCAGCAGUGUUUUGAAGUACUUGCUAGUGUGAUACUAUUACCUGAUUUUAAGGGAUGGAUAGAAACACAUCACGAUCUACUGUUAACUAAACACACAUCUCAGUCACAACAAGUCAUUACACACGCUAGAUGAUGUUGAAUUAAAAAUAACAAAAAAAACACUACGCCAAUUGUAUUAAUUUUAGAACCGAAGUGUCAUUGUAUGCAUUUGUUUCUAUUUGAGAUGAUGUGUAUCGAUUGUAAAGGCUCCAGUUACUACACGCUGAUCGCCUGCAGUAGCACAAUAUGAUGUGUCAGUGUUUGUAGAGCAGAGUCUUCUUCUGGGUGUGCUCACACCGAUGAGCUUAACAGGGUUUUGUUAGCACUUUGGCAGUCUGACUACUGAAUAAUGAGUGUUCAUGCCGUUUGUGCCUGUUACAUGUAAAUAUGCUGUAUGUGUUUUAAGAAGGUACUAAACAUGUGUUACUUCCACUUUGAUUUUUCUUGCACUCUGAACCUAGUGUUAAUGUAUCGAAUGCAAUAAUGUUGCUUUGCAGUUUUCACAUUUUUAAUAUGUAUGUUUUGCUCUUUUGUUAUCUUUUUGUGUGUGUGUAAAUAAACAGAAGCAAUUAGCCAA